GCACCUUUCAAUGUUGCACUAAAUUUUUCUAGAGAUUGAAACUUAGCAUGAUUGUUGAUUUUUGAAGGUGCUAUAAGAUUUUCAUGUAUUUUUUUAUUGAUGCUGUAAUUGCAAUAGGUAAAAACGCCAUCAUCUGGUAAUUUCAAAUAAAAUUUAAAAAAAUACUACUUACUACUUUUCAGAUGUUAUCUUACCAAAACCUGUUUUAAUUACAAUGUGUAAUGUGGUUGUUGUUUUGCAGAUUUCAGAUUUGAGUACAUAAGUAUAUUUGUGAAUGGCUUGUGAGCAAGAUGGUGUUGUAUGGAAGAAGCCUGCUAAUCCAUUAACACGCAAGUCUGACGAUGAUGUUUGGGAUGAUCGAGCGCUAAUAAAGGCAUAUGACAAAGCAGUUGCACAACUUAAAGGUGAAGUGUUGUCAGAAAGUUCUGGAAGCAAACAUUACAGAAGUGAAGGUGGAAAAAGAAAAAAAAAGAAAAAGUCGAAAAGAUCUAAUAAAAGGUCUUGGAAGAUUGGAUCCAGAUGUUUGGCUGUAUAUUCAGAGGAUGGUUUAUACUACGAAGCUACAAUUGUCUCUAUAAAUACUGAAGACGAAACAACGCUGGUUCAUUUUGAUUACUAUCACAAUGAAGAGGAAGUAAAAACCAGUCAGCUGUUACCAGUGGAUAAAAAGAAUAGUUUACAAACAGUUCCACCUACAGAUUAUCCUGAAUCAAUUGAAGAAAAGAGUCAAGAAACAACAAAGAAAUCCAAAGAGAAGAGGGUAAGUGGAUGGCAGGUUAGUGAUAUCUGUUAUGCACCCACUGCGAAUGGGAGUUACCAACAGGCUGUGAUCAAUUCGUUUUCAUCUGCAACAAGCUGUCAAUUGACUUUCAUCAAAAGUAGACUGAGAAAGAAUGUAAAAAUUUCUCAAUUAAAGUCGACAUCUGACAACACCGCAGAGCAAGAUUCGCGUAAUUAUGGAUGGCCAUUGAAUUCUGUGUUCCCUCCAUCGCGUCCGUCAAUGUUUGAGCCGCCGUCAUAUCCUGCUUUCCAUUCCACUGAUUGGUCAUAUUUUGGCAGAGGUCCAACCGCAAGUCGUAUGUCGUCUAUUCCACUGCCGCCAUUUCCACCGCCGCCCGUACUGACUGAUGAUGUUAUUGGUGGCGAUGAAGAAGCGCUUGCAAAUAUGCUUAUGUCAUGGUACAUGAACGGGUACCAUACCGGCUAUUAUCAGGGUAGCAAGCAAGCUCAUAGAAGGGAUAAACCUAGAGAAUGUCAAACCGCCGACGCUUCUCUUCUUGAGUCAAGUACAUAGCUGCUCGCGGCAUUUUAAUCUUACGUUACACCGAUAGUAAAAUAUUUCGAAGCAGUUCAGGAGUAGCGAAGCGAUUCUAAAGAAACUUUAUCCACGCAUCUACGUUAUCUGCGUUCGAUUUUUACGAAAAGCUGGAUAUGAAAGAAACAAAACAAUUCGCGUUUAUGUGUGAAGGAUAAUAGAAGGGUUUUUUUAAAAAGUUUUGUAACAUCGUGAACAAUUAAUUUGUAACUGCGUAUUUUUUAAAUAUGUUGUACUACAGUUACA